AUGUCUGGUGGACGGGCGGUCGCAGCGACGUCGCAGAGCCCCACGGGCGCACGGUGUGCGGUGGGCGAGGGAGACCCUUUGGCGUCGGUUGCGGUUUCUCCAUAUGAUUGCCCGGCGGAGAGUGUCCUGGGUCCGGGGAAGAAUGCGGAGGAGCCUCGACCGCAGCGCGAACCGACUUUCGGGCAUGCCACCGGCCUCUGUGUCUACGAAGUAGACGACCCCAGCAGAAAGGGCCCUAGCAAUGAUACCCAAGACGAGAAAGAUCGUCUCCAGAAACGCGUCGCAGAGCUCGAGAGCGUCAUUCGCGAGCUGAAAAACAAGCCGCACCCCCGUUGGGUCUCUGGCGCGGGCAGCACUGAUGCUGUUCAACGAGCCGACCAUCGCAACGCAGCGCUGACAGCUUCAAUGGAUAUGCGCUCGGCACCACCUUCACCCCGAAACUCGCAACAAGCUAGCACACUUGCCGAUUGCAUCUCACCUAUAUCCCCAAUGAGCACUACAUUCAGUCUCCCGACGGCAUCCUCACACACCUCCUCCCGCAACUCGCCCUUCAUCGGCGCAAUGUCGUCUCGUGUCCCCUCCAGUCCCUCUAUCGCAGAUAGCUCUCCCAUGGAUACACCUUCUCCAAUGACGCUCUCGCCCACAGAGAGCCAGAUGGCCGGGGGUUCAUCCCUGCCAUCGGAAUACGACAUCGCAGCACUACUAUCUUCAUAUCCGCCAGAGAAGGCGGGGCUCGAAGACAAUCUCUUUAACGAAAUCUGGGAUCGCCUUAUCCGCCCAGACGGCACGUGCGAAGUCAAUCGCUUAGGGGAACACUGCGGCUGUCUGCACGAUCCCGCAAAUUACAACGUCGUCCUUGAGCUAUCUCUCCGCCUGCGCAAGGCAGCGGACGCACUCAGCCGCUCCUCACAACACGCCUCGGGCUCCUGCGCUAUCAGCCAGAACAUCGCCGAGCUAGAUAGGUUUACAUCAAAUGCCUUGGGAAACAUCAGCGCCCCUCCGGAGCUUUUUGGUGGCUACCGCGAUAGGGCGACGGUGCCUGCUGUCCCGCCAACCAAUCCGCCUCUGCCGUACAGCGCAUAUGGCGUCGCUCGUCCGAAUCCGCCCGCAUCAGGUCCCACGGUAUCUCCGCCGUCACUGCAGACCCUCCAGCCUUGGGACGGCAAGCCCGCGGGCUCAUAUCCCAGCCCGCCAUGGGAUGACUCGUUCAUGUCCUGGGUGCCGCAGCGGCGGGACCCGCGCGAGAGGUGGCGACGGCGCGCCCUGCCAUCGAAUUGCCGGCUCAGAGUUGCGAAUGGACUGGCGCGAUGCUGGGAUUGGGAUUGGGAUUAUGCCUCCGCUGAUCUCGAUAACGGACUCGACCUCAAUGGUCGAUCCCAGACUCGCGUGCGCACCCUACUGCUGCGGCGACUGCGCAUUCGAAAUUGUGGUUUGUCAAGCUCAAGCCGCCAAGAAAGGGACACAGAAGGACACAGUGGUCAGCAAGAAAGGAGUGCAUGCAUGCGACCGGCCCGCCCCGCUGUUCAGCUGAAUCCGCGGCGAACAGCAUUGAAUAUUGCACGUGUAGAGAGGACACAAGGAGGAAAUGGGACUAGCGCGUGCGGCUGCGGGGCUCACUCGUGUCCUGCCUUGCACGGAGGAUGUGGCUUUCUAAACUCAAAAGGGGGCAUUUGUAACUAUAAGAAGGAGCCCUUACCAAGCUUACCGCGGCAGGAACGUGACCGGGGCGGCAAACAGAAGCUCGAGAUCGGGCAGAUCGAGUCCCUGUUCGCCAAGACCUGCCAAGACCUCUCGGCCCUCUGGGCAUUCCUGAACAAGAUCGGGCGCAAAGCUUGA